AUGAAAUCUACCAACAUGUCAUUUCUGAACCCAAAGAUGGUGACUCUGACUGGAAUCCCUGGACUAGAGCAUGUGCAGUUUUGGAUUGGAUUUCCCUUCCUUGGUGUAUGCCUGGUUGCUCUGCUGGGGAACAUCUUCUUGUUAAUCAUCAUCCCUACAGAACGCAGUCUUCACCAACCUAUGUACAUCUUCCUGGCAGUGCUGGCAGCCACUGACCUAGGUCUCUGUGUAGCCAUUGCUCCAAAGAUGUUGGCCAUCUUCUGGUUUGGCUCUUGUUCCAUGGCUUUUGAUGCUUGCCUUACCCAGCUCUUCUUCAUCCAUGCCUUGCAGGGUAUGGAAUCUGGAAUCCUGCUGGCCAUGGCCUUUGAUCGCUAUGUUGCCAUCUGUGAUCCUUUGAGGCACACAUCUGUCCUCACACCUCUCUUUUUAGUUCAGAUGGUACUGAUGAUGGCAAUUCGGGCAAUAGUGCUUGUUGGGAUUUUACCCAUUCUACUUAAACGGGUGCAACUUUUCCAAUCUGUGGUUAUUGUUCAUUGCUACUGUGAGCACAUGGCUGUGGUCAAGCUGGCUGCAGAAGAUGUUCAUAUUAACAAAUCAUAUGGGCUUUUUGUGGCCUUCGCAAUUCUAGGUUUUGACAUGAUCUUUGUCUUCAUCUCCUACAUUCUGAUUUUUCGGGCUGUUUUUCGUCUUCCCCAUAAGGAAGCACGAUUCAAAGCAUUCAACACUUGUACUUCCCAUAUUGUUGUCUUCCUGGAAUUUUAUAUCCUUGCCUUUUUUUCCUUCUUUAGCCACCGUUUUGGACAUGUACCAUCUUAUGCCCAUAUCCUAUUGUCUACCAUCUAUCUUCUUGUACCCCCUGCCCUUAACCCCAUUGUCUAUGGCAUGAAGACCAAAGAGAUCCGUAGGUGGGUUGAUCAGAUUUGUAUUCUGAAGCCUGGUACCCAGCAGUGA